AUGCCCCGCUAUGUGGAAGUCGUGGCGUUGCAUUCACCGUCACAACUCCUCCAUCACGACACGCCUCAUCAUUUGCAACGGGCGACUCGCGCAACGCCGAUGCUCUGCGGCAUGGGAGCACUGCUCCGGCUACCUGCGCCUGUCAGAACACGGGCAUACGCAGUAGCGACGGCGGCGGCGGGCAGCAAGGCAUCUCCAUCAACAGUGCCUCCACCAUGGCGGCCAUCGAACGUGUUGGACGACUGGGUCACACGCGAAGCGAGGCCGAUCAGCUUACGGCAGCUCACUUUCUUCGGCCGAACACUGACAGAAGAACGGCUCCUCAGCUCUGCCAAUUACGUUCGCCUUGAACUUCCAACAAGACUUGCACAUCGUCUUCGAAACAUGCAGACCCUGCCGUACUCGGCCGUGACGAACCAGCAUCUCAGCCAUGCGUACGAGAUGUACUACGCUGCCUUUGAGCGUCUACGAAAGGUGUCUGAAGUGCGGUCUCUCAGCGACAACGACAAGUUUUGUGAGACGAUCAAGAUGACUCUCAAUGAACAUCUCACGGUCAUCCCUCGUCUAGCGAUGGGAAUCCUGGAGGUCCAAGACUACGUGAGUAGUGAAGAAUGCGAUCGUUUCAUGACCACCUUGCUGCGAUCUCGGAUCAGUCGUAGAGUGAUUGCCGAGCAGCACCUGGCGUUGACAGAUACGUUCCAUGCUCCUUGGCAUUUCCCGAACGCGAAGAAGUCCGGCAUGGCUCCUGAGGACGACUUUGUGGGCGAAAUUUUCCUCAAGUGCAAAGCGAAAGAAAUUAUCGAAAAGUGUGCGGAGACAGCGAGACAGCUCACCUCAGAGGCAUAUGGUCCGAAGAUUGCGAUACCAAGGGUUGUAAUUCAAGGCCACCUCGAAACAGCGUUUCCAUACAUACCGUCCCACUUGGAGUACAUCGUUGGAGAGCUUUUGAGGAACAGCAUACAAGCUGUAGUGGAGCAGCGAUCGCUCGAUGAGCCACCCCCGAUUGAGGUGUUGAUAUGCGAGGCCGCCCAGCAUGUCAUCAUACGCAUCUCGGAUCAAGGUGGUGGCGUUGACCGAGACAUCCUGCCAUAUCUGUGGUCGUUCUCAAAGGGACCACGACGCAACGAUCGCCUACAGAAUCUACAACAAGUUCCCAGACUUGCAGCAACAAUGCAGGAUGUGCAGAACCUUCCGCAAGAAGGCAAUCAAAAUGUCGUGUCGGAUGCGAAUAACUUUGGCAAUGCUUUGGCUUCAUUAUCGACGAGACCUCCUGAUCUCAAGUUGGGCAUGGGACUGCCAAUGAGCAAAAUCUAUGCCGAGUACUGGGCCGGUAGUCUCGAGAUUCAUAGUCUCGAGGGUUACGGCUGCGAUGCCUUCUUGCAGAUCAGUAGGCUCGGCAACAAGAACGAGCAAUUGAGCACCAGAGCCACGAUGGAUCAGUUGUAG